AUGAAGAAGUGGCCAUUGGAUUAUUUUUCAUCACAUGCUGAAGAACUGUGUUUUCUUCUGUCAAAAAGCUUGAAUGAGUUACUGUUAAAAAAUGUUGAUGUUUCAACCGAAAUGAAGAUAUAUAUACAUAGUUUUUUGCUUGAUAAUUAUUUUGAGCAAGUCAUUCCAUCAGAUUCAACUGAUUAUUCUCAUGACGAUAUCCAAGAAAGUUUGUCAGUUAUUUUGGAGUAUAGUGAUUUAUAUCAAACAAUGAACAAAACGAGCGAAUCUAAGAUCAUGCAGGUGUUCUUAGCAAAACAGAUUGCACUAAAAAUAAUGACUUUAAAAAAAUUGCUAAAAUCUACAUAUGACAGAAUUCCUUGGGAAGAAAUGGAAUUUCACUUAAUUUCCUUUAUCCGGUAUCUGAACAAUCAAGGAAGUUACAUCAAUUGCUUUGUAACAGAGAAUGACUUUGUGAAAUAUCUUAAUAAUUUUUGUGAGUGUCUGGUCUAUGAAACCAAGGAAAUUAAUAAAAUUGACAAGGAAGUGUUAAGUAAGCUUCCUGAAAAAUUAAAACGUUAUGAUGUUGUAACAAGCAUCAUUUCUAAAUAUCCGCAUUUUGAAGAAUUUUACCAAAAUUAUGAGGUAAUUCGUGAUUAUGAAUCUCUCAAUAUUAUUAAAAAAUAUGUGGACGUAGUGACUGAAGUGAACAGUCUUGAAAAUAGUGGAAAAACUGUCAUCAUUAGAGCCUUACAAGUUUUGGGAGAGAAUUUUAAAAAUACUCUUGAAUCGCCAAAACUCUCUCCCGCCACUAACGAUUUUUUGAUGGUGUUCAUACCAAACAAAACAAAUACUAUUCUAAAAUUUUUAAGAGAUUCUUUUUCCCAUGGUUUUCCUUUAUCAACAUUCAAAGAUAUUGAGGAACUUUACGGUACUGAGUUUUACACAUUUGUUCAGAAUGAUGUGAAAAGUUUAAGUUGCGCUGUAACUUCAGUUCUCCAGAAAAUAAAGUUUCGAACUGUCAGAACUUUAUUGGAGAGAAUUUGCAAUUGCAAAGACAUUGGUGAAUAUAAGACAUUUCUCGCAUGA